UAAUGGUGGUUUGACGAUUUUACAGCAUAUAAAACAUGACUAAUAAGCAGACAAAAAAAGCCAAAAGGCCUCUACAGACCACUCUUGGUAAAGCCCCAGUUUCAAAUGAAAAGGUAGAAAUUGAUUUAUCGCUUAUCAAAAAACCUAUAGAAAGCAUUUAUGGUCUACACCAAGUACUAAAUUUAUUGAAAACAGCUACAGAAGAAGUGAAAGAUUACAUCACAUACGAAUGUGAUAUAAUGUACGAAUGCCGUUUAUGUAGAAGUAUAUUCAGAAGUAUUGCCAAUUUUAUAUUACACAAAAGGAACUACUGCCAUAUGAAAUAUAAGGCGUACCCUUCAAAUUGUAGAGAAAGUAACCCAACGGAAAAGGUUUAUCCGCCUGAGCCUCCGGAAAGUAUGCAGUUGAUGGGUGAACCUGCAGCGACUAAAGGAUUAAUACCUGUUAUUGAAAAAUUGAAAGAAAAACAGGAAAUCAAGCAAUUAACUCAGGAACUUUUGAGCGCGGAUCUAUCCGCCCAAAAGAAAAACGAACCUACAGAAAAUAGUACCGAAAACAGUAUGUUACUGGAAAAGAUAUCCACCAACAACGCUGCCGUUUUUCAAACAGUAUUACAUAAGACGCGGCAACGGGAAACAACCAAACCGGAAUUUAUGAAAAAAGAGGUAUUGGAACUGCAUAAAAUUUUAGAUAGCGAUAAAGCUGCUUUAGGAGCCGAUGGAAAAAUCUGUAGUUUCCAAACUGGCAAACUCAACUCCAAUUCGAUAUUACCUAAAAACGAAUUGAUGUGUAGCGAAUGCAACAUCAAAUUUUCCACAAGGAAAACCCUCAGUUUCCAUUUGAAAACCAAACAUAAUAACAGCAGAUUGGUUUACGUUUGCCCGGAUUGUAAAGAAACUUAUGCCAAUGCAUGGUCCGUCUACCGACAUCUUUUUAAGGUUCAUCGGAAAUCUUCUGCUCAAGUAAAAAGAUUAAGGGAACAAAUCUACAACAGUGUAAUCAGAAAGGAUCAGGAAUCUCACAAGAAGGUAGAAAAAAAAGAGUUUUCCAAUCAGGAUAAAGCAGACGAGGAAAAUCAAUGGUUGAACAACAUCGAGGGCGAUAACGAUUUCCAGAUGUGCGGUGGUUGCGGAAAGAGAUUCGAAAGGAAAGCGGCCCUACAUUCGCACGCCGCUAUGUGCAUCAAACGUAUAGCUGUCUGUAACACCAUCAAAGAAAACAACGCCAAGAAAAAAGAAGAAUUACCCAAAGAUACCAAAACGAAACUGAACAAAAUCGAAAAAACCACCGAUUCCCAUCCCAAAGGAGCCCUAAAACGUAAACCGUACUUACUGAGGACCUACAAACAACCAGUCGAAAUCCAAAUCACCUGUGAUACGAACCUCGCUCAUAGAAAUAGUGACGAAUGUGAUUUUUAUGAUGAUAAUAGUGUUAAAACUAACUGUGAUUAUUCGAAAGUUAAAACUCGUAAUAACGCGACGGUUUCCGUGAAAAGUGAAGUUAUAUCAUCCAACAAUUUAUAUUCCGAUAGUGAAAAAAUGGAAACUUUGGAAUCUCAGAUUAACGAAAUCGAGCGGGAUCACAGAAUCGAGGUGAUAAAAGAAGUUUCCCCUUCACAACUAUCGGAUACCAGUAGUAAAAAUAGCUAUAAAAAAGUAGGAAAAAGGGUAUCGGAUGAAGAUAUUUCAGACUCACAACAAAGUUAUGAUUCUAAUGAAACUGACAAAGAUUCAUUGAAUAAUCAGAACGAUACAUUGGAAUUUCAGUCACCAGGAAAAAUCAGUAUAAGGAGUUUGGAGGAAUUGAGAGGAUUCCCUAAGGAAACAAUCGAUGAAGAUACCCCCAUUCUUGAACCCUCCAAACCAAAUAAAAGUCCAAAAAGUUCCAAAAGGAUGAUAAAAAGGAAAAGAACACCUUCUUCGGAUUCAGAUCAGAAUAAUAAAUCGUUCAAACAAUCAGAUUUCGACGUUCUACUAGACAAACAAGAUUUGAAUUUCAUGGCUAGGGCGUCUCCGUACAUAGAUCGAAAAAAUUUAACCUGCAAAUCCUGCCAGACACAACAUCCUUCACUUUCAAAACUACUCUGGCACAUGUCCGCUCAUUUUUCUUGGUUCCGGUACCAAUGUAGCAGAUGCUCCUUUGUUUCGUUUGGUAAACCUGAAUGUGCCAAUCACGCUAAAAGUAUUCACGAUAUUAGAGACGAUGAAAUAGCCAACGUAGUAUUACCCAUACCCAACUGGAAAACUCUCCUACUAUCGAACGAAUUCAAAGAACUUAACAGUUCCAGGGAAUUAGGAGGAAAACUCACCGACGAGAUAAACGUGAACUGCCAAGACGAACCGUCUGCGAUUAAAAAUAACGAAGAAGACGAAUCAACAAAUCUUCUAAAUACGUUGUUCGUCGAUUCGGAAUCGGAUCAGACGGAUCUACAAGACUUGACGGAUAUUCGUUCGUUUUCUAUGCCGAAAACGGACGAGGUAUCGAUAAAAAACGAAAGUAUCGAUAUCACCGAAGACGAUCACGAGAAUUUCCAAUUGGAAGUACCGGAGGAAAUUUACACUUUGGACGUCUUCGAAGUGAUAAACAUCGACGCCAUCGAAGACAAGGCAAUUACUUACAUAAAAGAAGAAAUAGAGGACGUCAACGAUGAAAGCGUAGUUCCGAAUUGUUCGCGAGUUACACCGACGCCGCCGAACGAAGAUUUACGCGGAUUCGAUAAUUUGAAUAAGAUCCCUUCUAAUAACCCUACUAACAUCAGACCUACCAGGAAUAGAAUGCGCAGUAUUAAAACCCUCCAAAACGAUUUUUUCUACGAUCUCGAUAGGGCGAACAAACCUCCCGAAAGUGUGAGCAAAACGAACGGACCUGUCAGACAAAAGAAGAACCAUCACGUCGUUAAAAAAGAAUGAGGUUAGAAAAAAAUUUUGUUUUUCGUAUUUAUUUUUCUUUUCUAUAUAAAUAUUUCUUGUUAUUGGAUACAUAUUUUGUUAAUUUAUUUUUUUAUCAAUUAAUGUAUUGUUCUUACUAAAAUAAAAGUAUAAUACGGGG